AUGUCCAGGGCCACCUCCCCUCAGUCUGCCGGUGAACUUCCACCGCCCAAAGUAUCGCCACCCAAUGGCCGCCGUCGUGACAAGGCCCAGCUGUCGUUGAGAUGUGACCGGAGCCAGCCGUGCCAGAACUGCUCGAAAAGAGGCCAAUCGUGUAUCUAUGCCCGUGCUCCCACGCACGCCAAGUCUACGCCGUCAACACGCCAGUAUCCGGCCUAUCUCAACAGCCUGAUUGAACGCAUCCACCACCUCGAGGACGUGGUGCUUCAUCUGGUAAACAACCAGAAAGACUCCACAGCGGCUGAGAAUGCCGAUGCUCCAGGGGAGCCACAGAAAGUGACCGAGUCGGUGGGCCGCCUGAGCAUCAAGGAAAACGGCACAAGCUACUUUGGCAACUCGACCUGGCAAGCGGUUCUGGAUGAGAUAGGGUUUUUGAAAGAGGUUAUACCUGAGAGUAGCGAGUCUCCUUUUACAGAUCGCCCUGAGGAUUUUGACGACGAGGAUGGGAUUGACCUGCUCGUGGGUGCGAAAAAACACCUUGACAUCGCAGACCUAUACGAGUCCGUUCCGUCUCGUGCAGUUGCGGACCCGCUGGUCCAUUACUUUUUCGAGAAUAUGGAAGUAUCACCAUCUUUUUGGGCCGAUCCCGCCACCGCGUCUCUGAUAUGGCUUGGUUUACUGUUUGCCAUGCUAUCUCUUUCGUCAAGUUUUCUCCUCCUCUCGAAUGUCGAUCCCGAACGCGAGAAGCCCCUAAGGCUAGACGCUACCAUCUAUCGACAAAAGGCUGCAGAUUGUCUCUUAGCAGGAAAUUACACCAAAGCGGGGAAGUACAAUCUACCGUGUUUGAUCUUAUACCUUGCUUGUGAACGCCUUCGAAGGGGGGAAUUUGAUCAUGGAUUUCCCGUUCUACUUGCUACGAUUGUCAGCCUGGCUUUGCGCAUGGGCUAUCACAGAGAUGCGCGCCACUACCCGGAGCUUACUCCGUUUGCGGGUGAGAUGCGCCGGCGGCUGUGGGCUGUCAUUGUACAGCUUGAUCUGACGAUAUCUGUUGGGGUGGGGAUUCCGAGAUUGAUAAAUGAUUCUCAGGCCGACAACGCACCGCCUCGAAAUCUUCGAGAAGAAGAUUUCUCAGAGGAUUCCAAAGAACUUCCACCUCCGAGACCAGCGAUCGAACCCACGGCGGUUACCUACGUUAUCGCGAGGCAGCGCCUGAUCAGGAUGCUCGGGAAGAUCAGCGAUCUGACAAAUUCUUCCACACAGCCCCCAUAUCAGACGGUUAUGGAUUACGAUCGGGAACUGGUCAACAUUUAUAAGCAGUUGCCAACGUUUUAUAAAUUAGGGCAAGGCCCAGAGACACACGAACCGUUGACGUUCCUUCAGCGACUGUCGUUUGAGUCGCUAUAUGAGCAAGCAAGAUGCACACUGCAUCGGAAAUAUCUGACGUUGCCGGAUCCGACGUAUGCCUAUUCGCGAGAAACAUGCGUGGACGCCGCCUUGCGUAUGCUCUCGCAGCAGCAGCUCAUACAUCAGGAAAGUCAGCCCGGCAGAAGCUUGUUCUCGCAGAGAUGGAAGCUUCUGAUGUAUCUGAACCGGGAGAACCUGUUGGCAACGAUGAUUGUGUGCCAGGAUGUGGACCAUCUGCUAAAGAAUGCCGGCGCAUCAGGCAACCACACUACGGCGUUUGGCAGUCAGACUGUGCCUCUGGAGGCUAAGAUCCAGGCCUUAGAGCAGUCCCUGUAUAUUUGGGAAACGUACCGGUCGAUCUCAAAGGAAGCGUUGACAGCAGCAACUGUUGUGAAUGUGACCAUUCACAACGCUAGGCAAGCAUCAAGCCCACCAGAAGUCCCUAAGGAGACUUUUGCAUCUAAAAUGUCGAGCUCCGUUAGCCCGGUGCAGAGUGUACAUGGUGAGAAGUAUACCGACAGUCCGAUGGAAUGUCCGCCGGUGGCGACUACACAGUAUAUGAUCGUCGACAAUCAAAUAGACAAUCAACAGCAACAGCCGCCGCAGUUUCAGUAUCGGCCUGACACCGUGUACCAGCAGCCACCUGCUGUGCUUCAACACGAAAGCAGCACGGGGGCGCUAGAACCGAUGACGACAGGAAUGCCGCCGAAUCCGGCCUACAAGAUGAUGGAGACCAUGAUCGACGCGCCGGUCCAAUUUGGCUGGUUCUUUGUGCAAAAAAAGGGUGCAUUUUGGGACAGCCAAUUUUCGCGAGAUUACCCGGCGGCAGGUCUCACGGCACAAGAUGUUUGGAAUGCUAAUCACAAUCGUGCUUUCCCGUCGGGCCCUGCAGGGACUGCGUUGGAUCCCAGUGGGGGUUCGCGAUACCCGGGAUAA